AUGUUAGAUCCUAAGUGGCUGGCCUCAGUGGUGUGGCCAGACGUCUUUGUCUCCUCUUCUGUCUCCGUUUUAUCUUUUUCUUUUUUCUCUUCUCUCUGCAUCACAGGAACGCAGCAAGGCUACCUUUACGUGUGGCAGCUACGCAGCAGCAAACAGCAGCUCUGCAGCAGCAGCAGCAGCAGCAGCAGUGAGAGAAGCAAUAGCGAAGGAAACAGAUGCUCCACGCAAGAACGAGAUCCAGUUGCUGCUGCUGCUGCUGCAGGCCUUGCUGCUGCUGCUGGCCAAGCACCAGGAUGUGCAGCAGCAGCAGCAGCAGCAGCAACAGCAAGCUCAGGAGGAGCAGCAACAAGAGCAGCAGCUGCAGCAGCAGCAGCAGCAGAAGAAUCGGGUUGUCGUAGCCCGUUGCUGCUGCCCCAUCUGGUGCUGCUGCCUGAGUGGGGGACAGCAGCAGCAGCAACAGCAGCAUGCUUCGUUGCUGCUCCUCUUGCUGCGCUGCAGUCUACAAGUCAAGAGCUUCUAGUGUCUCUACACUCUGAUUGCAGGGCCCGCCUAUGGUCUCUCUCUGAUGGUCGCUGUCUGCUCGUCAGGCGUUUGCCUUUUGAGGCCUCUGCUGUGGAGACCCUCGCUGACCCGCGUUUUGUGUUGGUGUCUGGUGCAGGAAGGGGCCUCGUCCUUGAUACCUGGUCUGCCUUCUCUCCUGUCUGUGAGCUCUCCUUUAGGGGCCCCUUGGGGGCCCCUAGGGGCCCCCAAGGGGCUCCUAGGACCCCUGCUGUCUCUUCAUCAGGCAGCUCAGAUUCUCUCGGUGUUGCUUCUGGGGGCCCCCCAGGGGGCCCCUCGGGGGGCCCCUCGGGGGGCCCCACAGGGGGCCCCUGCUGCUGUGCUGUUUGCGGUGUCUCCUUUGUGGGGGCCCCUGCAGGGGGCCCCGCAGGGGGCCCUGUCUCCUUUGCUGCUCAGCAACCUCCACCCUUUGAUGCUGAUGAAUGGAUUGAAAGACUUAACACGGUGUAUAGAGACAUUCUGGGGGGCCCCCCUGCUGGGGGGCCCCCUGGGGCCCCCCACAGCCAAUGGGGCCCCCAUAGCGGCCUUCUUAAUAGUGCAGCAGAAACAAGCCCUGCUGCAGGCACUCCUCGCAGGCGUGGUCAGCAGCAGCAGCAGCAGCAACAGCAGCAACAGCAGCAGCAGCAACAGCACGAUGUAAAAAUGAAUGCCUCCACCGCUCCUUCUUCAGGGCUCUCGUCUUCAGCUGCUUCUGUUGUGAUGCCGCAAGCAGGGCAGCAAACUACAGCGACAUCGCCGCAGCAGCAACAGCAACAGCAACAGCAGCAGCAGCAGAGUGCUGCUGCUGCUGCUGCUGCGCAGCAGGGGCUGCCUGCUCCUCUCAUGGGGUCGGUGUGCUGCGCUGCUGUCGCCCCUUGCGGCUGUCUUCGAGUUUGGGACCUCGCGGCGACCCUCAGAAGCUGGCGCAGAGCCCACCCCGUGGCUGGGGCCCCUGCUACUCCGUCUCCUUCGGGCUGGGCCCUGCGUUCACCAGACGAUAUGCUAGCAGCUGUUGCUGCAGAAGCAAAAACUAGUGUGCUGCAGCAGCACCUCCAGACCACCAGUACCACCACCAGCAGCAGCAGCAACAGCAGCAGCAGCAGCAGCAGCAGCAGCAGCACAAUCAGCAGCAGCAGCAGCAGCAGCAGAUGGGAUCCUCCGCUUGUUUCCCCUGUAUUUGAAACAACGGGGACUUUGAAUGGAGACACAUUUUGUAGCAGCGGGAGGCAGCAGCAGCAGCUAGCUGUCUCUUCUUCUUAUGUUGUGCUGCGCUCAAGCAGGAGACUGCUGCUGUGGCAUCGCAGACAGGGGGGUGCGUAUGAAAGACAUUCUGAGCUCUUCUGUCUCUCUGAUGCCCUUCCCUGGGCGCCGCCCGCAAUGCAGCAGCAGCAGCAGCUGCUGUUGCUGCACCAAAUGCUGCAGCAGCAAGACAUUGGCUGCUCAUGCAGGACCCACAAGGUGUGUGCUCUUGCUGUUGCUGCUGUUGCUGGCUCUAAUGCUGCUAGUUGCGCAGUUUCUUCGUGCCCUCAAGGUGUAGCUUCUGCUGCUUCUCGUUCUGCCGCUAUCGCUGCUGCAGCAGCGGCAGCAGCUAUUGGUGCUGCUGCUAGUGCAGUUGCUGCUGCAGUUGUUGCUACAUUUGAGUUGCUGCUGUGUUUGCUGCUGCAGGGGGAGGUUUGGGCGGGUAUGCAGCUGCUGCCAGCAGACACGAGCGACCUGUGGGCUUCGAUUGCUACAGACACCCUGAAGUUCCGGUACUGCAGCCGCGAGCAGCAGCAGCAGCAGCAGCAGCAGCAGCAAGAGCAGCAGCAGCUGCUGGAGACAGGGGUGCUGUGGCCUGGGGGCAGCAGGGUGUGCCCCAGUGCUGCAUUUGCUGCAGCAGAGUGUCUCCUCUUGGCUUACACAUCUCGGGGCCGUCUCUUUCUUUUUCCUCUCUCCUUCCCGGACACGCAGCAGCAGCAGCAGCAGCAGCAGCAGCAAGGGGGCUUCAGCUUGGGCAGACCAGGGGGGCUUGCGUUGGGGACAGUGCCGCUGCAGCUGCUGACAGCUGACUGUGCGCCGCUGCCUGGGCCUGUUUUCUUUCCUCUCUUUUCAGAAGCAGCAGCAGCUGCUGCUGCUGUUGCUGCUGCAGCAGGAGAUGCAGCAGCCGAGGCCUGCUGCAGAGCGGGCCUCGGCAUACUGGGCGUCACCCCCAGCAGACCGGACCGCUUCACGUUUGGCUGGUUGCUGCGGCAGCAUUUCCCUGCAGCUGCAGCAGCAGCAGCAGCUGCUGCUGCUGCUGCUGCUGCAGGAAGUGUGUGGGGAGAGGUGGGAGCGACCUUCUCCUUCAGUCUGAGUGAUGUAUGGCGCAUUCCUACAGCACUGAGGGGAGCACUGCAGCAAAUCAGCAGCAGCAGCAGCAGCAGCAGCAGCAACAGCAGCAGCAGCAGCAGCACAAUCGCUAAGAGGCGUAAGUCUCCCCUGCCGUUGCUGUUCAAUCCCUCUGCUGCUGUCUUCGGUGCAGCAGCAAACAGCAGCAGCAGCAGCAGGCUGCGUUUGCUAUCAGAGCCUGCUUCCUUCUGGGGCUCCGCGAACGGGCACAAGCAUUUGCUGCGGUGGCCCUUUGCAGCUGACACCAGUAGCAGCAGCAGCAGCAGCAGCAAGCACUGCGUGAGCUGCUGCUUGGCGGAGAGCCAGGGGGGUGUAUAUUUUAUUUCUUCUUUUUCUGACGGCGCUGUGACUGCAGUGCACUUAAACCGAGUAAACACAACACGAAAGAACAAGCAGCAGCAGCAACAACAACAACAACAACAACAACAACGGCAGCAGCAGCAGCAGCAAGAGUCUGAAGAAGGAAGCAGCUCCUUCAGCAUUGGUGGGGGCCCCCCCCUCCCGUGGCCUCCAGCAGAGCGUCCUCAUCCUUCUGUAUAUUUGCUGCCAACACCCGCUAGCUGGAUUGACCCUCGAAUAGCAGCAGCAGCAGGAGCAGCAGGAGCAGCAGGAGCAGCAGCAGGAAGAGGGGCCCCCGGCUGCAGCGGGAAGAAGACAAUAGUUACUGCUCUUUGCAGCAUCAGCAGCUUACUUGUUGGAGGCCUCACAAACAACGGGGAUUUGCUGCUGUGGUGCCCCCCUAGAUUUUUGCUUCUAGGGUUUCUUCCUCAAGUGCUGCCGACUGCUGCUGCUGCUGCUUUUAGAGUUUUAUCUGCUGCUGGUGGUAGCAGCAGAGCGGCAUUUGAUAGCUGGUGUUUUGCUGCUGCUUCUGUAUGUGGGGCCUUCGCCCUCGUUGACUGCAGCAAGCUGUUGACUCCAGCAGCAACAGCAGCAGCAGCAGCAGCUGCUGCUGCUGCGGGAGUAGCAGCAGCACCUGCUGCAGCAGGUGCUGCAGCAGCAGCAGCAGCAGAAGCUGGACAAGAGCUUGUGGGGUUUGUUGAGACACCAAUGGCUGUGCAUUAUAGAGGAGCAGCAGCAGGAGGCUCGUUGCCUUUGCUGCUGCAGCACGUACCACGCCCAACUAACCCUCGAGGUGUAUUCUUGCUGCAGAGACACCCGAACUGCAGCAGCAAACAUGUGAAGAAGAUAGCAGCAGAUUUGCUGUCGGAUUUCUGCUGCUGCAUCACCAGCAGCUGUCUCUUUCUAUGGAAGAUUCAAUCAGGGCUGCUGCUGUCGGUAAUGCCGCUGCUGCAGCUACCGGGUGUGCUGCAGCAGGGGCUGCCGCAAACAGCAGCAGAACAUCAGAAGCAAUUUUGUCUCUUCAUGCAGAACCAAAGUCUUUUUGCUUCGUCUCCUCACAUGGAGUUAACGCGCUGGGGGGUGGCUUUAGGGCAUUUGCAGCUGCCGACUACUUCAUGUUGCUGCUGCUGCUGCAGCGGUGCAGCACAAAGGCAGCAGCAGCAGCAGCAGCAGCAAGAAGAUGAAGAUGAAGAAGAGGAAGAAGCAGCAACGCCAGUCCUGGGGCCUCAUGUCUUUGUCCCCAAACUCAGAGGAGACUUCACGACCACAAGUAGCUUCGCGCUGCAGAGCAGCAGCAGCAGCAGCAGCAACAGCAGCAGCAGCAGUAGCAGCAGCAGCAGCGGUCGCUCAAGCAGCACACGCAAUAGCAACGGGAAUGCAGCGACACAGCUGCAGUGCAGCGUGCCGCAGCAGCAACGAACCGGUGCUGCUGCUGCUAUAGCUCCAUUGCUGCAGCAGAUGUCUCUGGCGGCCGCAGCCCCAGUAGCAGCAGCAGCAGAAGCAGCAGCAGAGCCUCCUUGUGCUUCCUGCUGCUGCGGUGCAGCGCAGCACAUCAUAUAUGCAAACUGUGGCGUCCUGAUGCUUCCCCUGGAUCACUUGUCAAGCAGCAGCAGCAGCAGCAGCGAGAACAGCAGCAGCAGCAGCAGCAGCAGCAGUCUGCCUCUACAGGCGUUGCUGCUGUCUGGUUUCUUUGCGCCUUUCGGCUUUUCUGCAGCAGCAGAUGCUGGGCUGCUGCAGCUGCUGCCCUUUCUGCUGCCGCCGCCUGUGCCCGUCUUCCCUGCACUGUUAGGAGUAGAGAUGAGCCUCUCGAUUCCUUUACCUUCUUUGAUGUUGAAGGCGAUGGCUGCUGAUUUGCUGCAGCAGCAGCAGCACGCUGCUGCUGCUGCUGCUGCUGCUGCGCACCGAGCAGCUCGCAAGCUCCUGAUGCAGCAACAGCACCAUCCCGCAGCAGCAGCUGCUGGCAGCAUCGAACUGGCUGCUGCUGCUGCUGCUGCAGAAGCCGCAGCAGCAGCAGCAGAAGGUCUGCUGCAUUGUCAUGCGGGAACAGCCCGAACUGCAGUUGCUGCGCAACCUGCAGGUGUUGCUGCAGCAGCAGCAGCACGAGCAGAUGCAGCUGCAGCAGCCGUCAUAAAAGGUGCAGCAGCUGCUGCUGUUCCUCCUGUUGGCUGUCGCCUGCUACGGCGCUGGCGGCAGCAGCUGAAGGGGAAGUCUAGCAGCAGCAUCAACAGCAGCAGCAACAUUAACAACAGCAGCAGCAGCAGCAGUCUCUUGGAGACAACUCUGCGGCUGCCUUCCAUUCAAAGCCUCAACUCCGCCGUUCGUUUGGCGUCUCCUUUUCCUCCCCGGGCAGCAGCAGGUGCAGCAGCAGCAGCAGCAGCAACAGCAGCAGCGACAGCAGCAGAAGGAGACAAUCUGUAUGAAGCUCUAGAUCUGUCUCUCUCCUCUCUUGCUUUCCCCCCUAAGGCCCCUACCCCUUGGGCGGUGUAUACGGCAGCCAUGCGCAGCAACACAACAGCAGCAGCAGCAGCUGCUGCUGCUGACGCUGCACUCUCUCGCAAAGUUGCUGCAGUGUACAGAAAACGCCAUAAACAGCAGCAGCAGCAGCAACAACAGCAGCAACACCAACAGCAACAGCAGCAGCGCAAGCAGCAGCUAUGGAUGAUCGAGCUAUCUUCCUACCGGCUGCAGCAAGACUAUGUUCUCGGAGAUCCAACUGCAGCAGCAGCAGCAGCAGAAUCUAGCGAUGCUGCGCUGCUGCGAGCAGUGGCCAGGGGAGAGUCAAAAGGUGCAGCAGCAGCAACAGCAGCAGCAGCAAGAGGUCUGUCGCAUCUGUGCCGUGCGGUACCUGAGGAGACAGUGGUGUGGGCAGCAGCUGCUGCAGCACCAGGUGCAGCAGCAAGUCCAUCAGCAGCAGCAGCAGCAGCAGCAGCAGUGCAGCUUCAGCAACUGCAGGCCCCUGCUGCUGUCGGAGGCGCUUUGUUGCUGCUGCAGCACUCGCCUGUCUUUGCGUCUUCUUCGCUGUUAAAAGCAAAGUGUAUAUCUUCUUUCUCGCUGCUGCUGCGCUGCUGCUGGCUGCCGCUGCUGCAGCUUAGCAAAGAGGAGACAGAAGAAUUGGCGGUGGCCUUUGAAAGGUGUCUCCUUUGCCGUCUGCAGCGCCUGGGAGACACUGCGCCUGCUCUAUCUCAGCAGCAGCAGCAGCAGCAACAACAACAGCAGCAGCUGCUGCUGCAGCAGCAGCAACAGCAGGUUCCACCUGUUAGUCUCUUCGCCCUUGCUUAUUCCUGUCUCCCGAGAGGAGACACUGGAGAGGUCUCCGCUGCAGCAAUGCAGCUGCUGCAGUACGCAAUCUGCUGCAGCAGCAGCAGCAACUUGCUGCAAGACAUUGAGGCAGCUCUGCGUCUUCUUUGCUGCGCAGCAGCAUGGGGAAUCGGGCCAGCAGCAGCAGCAGCAGCUGCUGCUGCUGCUGCUGCAACUGGAGAGAUUCACAAGCACUCGAACUCUGUUGAUGCUGCGCUGGUGCUGCUCGCUAAUGCCGUCUACCUAAGACCUGAGUUUAGCAGAGUUGGGGGUAUUGAUGUUGCUGCAGUUGUUACGCAACAUUUAGUAAGGGUUAUCCUACUGGAGAGUUUGCCUUCGUCUCCAGCAGCAGCAGCAGCAGCAGCAGCUGCUGCUGCUGCACCGAAUGCUGCAGGUGCUGCUGCUGCUUCUCCCGCGACAGCAGCAGCAGCCGCUGCAGCAGCAGCAGCAGCAGCUGUCUCCUCAGGGCGCCUCUGUCUCGCGCUGCAGAUGCUAAGCCUUGGAAUGGGUAUUCUGUGGAGGCCGCAGCACUUGAAGAGCAGAGGAAACAACUCCUCUGUCCUCUUCAAGCUGCUGCUUUUGCUGCUGCUUUUGCUGCUGCUUUUGCUGCUGCUGCUGCUGAUGCAGGGGGCCGUCCAGUACUAUCAGCUGCUGCUCGCCGUGUUCCCCCUUACUCAACAGCAGCACGCAACAGCAGCAGCAGCAGCUGCUGCUGCUGUUGCUGCUGCUUCCGCUGGGACUCCUCCUCCUGCAGCAACGCCUGUUGCUGCUGCUGCUGCUGCUCUCCUGCGUCGCCUUGUGAGGAUGGAUUUGCCUGGGGCUACGAAGGCCCUUUCCCGAGCAGCAAGACUUGAGGAGACAGGCGGCUAUCAAAUGGCUGCGCCUGCGCUGCUCUUUUUAGUCGAUUGCUUCACACGGUAUCGUUCGUCUGGGGCACAUUCUUUGUGUCUCCUCGUUGAUGCGCUGCUGCGCUAUCUUGACCCUUGUCGCGGCUCUGUGAGGCGGCGGUGUCUCCGAGCAGCAACCUGUCUCCUCUUCGCUCUUGUCUCUUCUUUCCCUAUCUGUUCUUUCAAUCAAAACACUCAAAGGUUGGCGGUGGGGACAGAAGAAGGGGUUGUAGUUGCGUACGACUUGAGGACAGCCACAAAGAUGAGAGUCUUUGAAGGCCACCAAGGCAAGCCAUAA